GAAGAGGAAAGCCAGCUUCGAGCUUGUCAAAAACAAGCUAACUUAGCAACGGUAGUUGAGCUAGUACCUUUUAUUCUCCGAAACAGUAAUACACGAAGUAAGGUAUUUAUAGGUAAUAAUAUGUAAUUGUUUUGGAGCUACUAGAAUAACACAUUUUCAGUAUAAGUGUCUGUAUUUAGAAUUUAGAUUUUGGAGUCGCUUUAACAGUUUAUGUAGGCUAAUGAAGAAGGGUGGCUAACUGGCUGAACAACUAACCGUAGCUAACUGGCUAACGUUGCUGUUACCGAGCAAUCAACAAGAGGUCGUUGUUAGCUCAGGGACCCCGUAUACCUCUGUUAGAGGCACAAAACAGCUGUUUUAAGUCUGUUUUUCUGAGCAGCCCGUGGGAGUAAACUGAACAAAAUGCACCACGUCAAGAUAAAAACAGAAAGGCCAGAUCUGGAGAGCACAGGUGCUCGCGGCAGGUUGGAUGCGGUGCUAAAGGGUCUAGUAGAAAAAAGUGAAAAUGAAAGAGAACCAAAUGAAGACCCAGGAAAGUUGUCAGUGGAUACUUUAAGCAAAGAUUUGUCUCCGUCAUCUGCUGGAAAAAGACCUUCAGCAAGAUUUCCACAGCACAGAAGGAAGAAAAGAAAGGAGAUGGAUGAGGGCAUCCCAGAGACCAAUCAACAUAAACAGAAUGCAUACAUUAUUAAGUUGUUUGAUCGCAGUGUUGAUUUAGCUCAAUUCAACACCACCACCCCACUGUAUCCAAUCUGCCGAUCCUGGAUGAGAAACAAUCCUUCCUUUAGGGAACCUGCAGCUUCUCCAAGCUCCCCUCAAAGCAUACCAGAAGAGGAGGUCACAGACAUGAUGAAUGGCAAAGGUCAGAAUGUGUACCGACUUCCUCCUCCAUCUGCCUGUCCAGUGAGCCCCUCUGGUGAACUCAUCAAUCUCAGGAUCCCACAGACUGAAAAGCCCACUAUUUCCAAGUUCACAGAGGUUCCCGUAUCAGGAGCUCUCAUCAGUGACCACAUGGAACGUUGGAAAAAGAUAAGACAGAAAUGGAAGGAAUGCUCCAAUAAAAACCAGAUGAGAUACAGUGAGAGCAUCAAGGUUCUGAAGGAAAUGAAGGAUCUCUAUGACCACUGACUGCCUGCCUUGUAUUUGUUAGCUGCAGAAUGGACUCUCCACAGUUGGAAAGGAGCCAUGCAUUCAUAUUUGAUGUUCGAUGACUCCUGCAUACAACCAUAGAUGAGUAGAACGAAAUAGCAGAACUUUGAACCUUAACAGACUUUUUGUCCCUUAAGUUACAGAAAUGAUAUUUUCAAUUUCCUGUGUGGGGGUAUGUUGGAGUGUCAGACCUGAUACUCAAGUACAUUUUGUGUAAAUGUCUAAAUAAAUGACUUUUGAGGUAGUAUUUUUCUCACACACAUACUGGUACGUUCUUGAUAUAAUCCAAAAAUGAUUAAAGUCUACUGUAAUGUA